AUGUCCCCAGCAGGAAAGGGACUGGGCCUCCAGGAGCCAGGCUGCAGACUUUAUGUGUUUGUAUUUUUUGUUUCAGGCUUGGCUGUCUUGCUGCAGGUGCAACUAGGUUCAGCCUAUAAGCUAGUGUGCUACUUUACCAACUGGUCUCAGUACCGACCAGAACCAGCCAAAUUCUUCCCCAAGGAUGUGGACCCAUGUCUAUGCACACACCUGGUAUAUGCCUUCGCCACUAUGAAUGAUAACAAGAUUGCUCCCUUUGAAUGGAAUGACAUUGACGUCCUGUAUCCUCAGUUCCGAGCUCUUAAAGAACGCAAUGGAGAUCUGGUCAACUUGCUGGCCAUUGGCGGCUGGAACUUUGGCACUCAGAAAUUCACCAGCAUGGUCUCCAUGGCUGCCAACCGCAAGAUCUUCAUCUGCUCUGUAAUUGACUUCCUUCGUCAACACGGGUUUGAUGGCAUUGACCUUGAUAUAGAGUACCCAGGAUCUCGAGGAAGUCCACCAGAGGACAAGCAGCGAUUUACCAUUUUGAUUAAGGAAAUGUUAGAAGCUUUUGAAGAAGAGGCGAAAGAAACUGGACAACCUAGGCUGCUUAUCACAGCAGCUGUAUCUGCUGGCAAAGGAACCAUUGAUGCAGGAUAUGAAAUUGCAGAGAUUGGAAAGCUCCUCGAUUUUAUCAGUGUGAUGACCUAUGACUUCCAUGGUGGCUGGGACACAUGCACGGGACACAACAGUCCCCUGCAUGUAGGAUCCAAGGACCAAGGAGACUUACGUUAUUUCAACUGUGAAUAUGCCAUGAAGUACUGGAGAGACAAUGGGGUCCCUGCAGAGAAGCUCAUUAUGGGGUUCCCUACUUAUGGGAGGACUUUUCGGCUUACCACCUCUGACACCUCAGUCUGUGCCCCAGUCUCUGGAGCAGGGUCAUCUGGUCCAUACACGCGUGAGGCUGGCUUCUGGGCUUAUUAUGAGAUCUGUACAUUCUUGAGUGGAGCCACAAGUGCCUGGAUUGAAGACCAGAAAGUUCCAUAUGCUUAUAAAGGCACCGAGUGGAUUGGCUAUGACAACAUCAAGAGCUUUGAGUAUAAGGUUGACUUUGUCAAGGAGAACAAUUUUGGUGGGGCCAUGGUUUGGGCCAUUGAUCUGGAUGACUUCUCAGGCUCCUUCUGCAAUGAGGGCAAACACCCACUCAUCAGCAAGCUGAAGUCACUGUUGGGCUUGUCCUCAGAAUGUACCCCACCAGCCACGAAGAUCUGGUAUAACCAACCUGUGACCUUAAGAAGUGAAGGCUUCUGUGCCAACAUUGGUGGAGGUGGCGGCAGUGGGGGUGGAGGUGGUGGUGAUGGGGGAAGUGGAGGCGAAGUGGGUGGUGAUGGAGGCAGUGGAGGAGAUGGCAGUUUCUGCACUGGCAAAGCAGAUGGCACCUAUAGUGAUCCUGAAGACAACACCAAGUUCUACCAGUGUGCUGGUGGCAAGACCUUCCACCUUCAUUGUGCUCAAGGGUUGGUCUUUGAUGAUAACUGCAAGUGUUGCAAUUGGCCUUAA